UCAGUAUUUUUUGUAGUACACUGACUACUGCAUACUGCUACAUUGUAUCUGCUUAGCAUUGGCUCAGUAGGCCUAUACUACGCAAACUUUGGCAGCAUAAAUGUAGUUUAUCGCAGUUGAGCGACUGUUUAAUGUCAACUCUACUGCGUCGUAUGAAUGUGGAAGCCAUGCAUCCAGGAUUGAGGAUGUUGAAUUUUGAUUAAUUUCUGACAUUUUCAAAAUUGCCCAGAUUGAGACAGUUCCCCUUUCCACUGGAGACAGAUGACGCAAGUCGAUGGAUUGGUCCUAGAUUCAUGUGGGACUGGACAGAAGCAUAAGUCAUGACUUCAAGGUUUAUUUAUUUGUGGUUAUUCAGCUGUCAUUUUGUCAAAGUUAUUUUUUGCAAUAGCAUAUCAAAGGAUUUCGUACAACAUUUCUUUGGAUUUAAUUCUGACAUUGAAGAAAUAUUUUAAAGGGACUUUGAUGUUUGAUUAAGAAUUCAGCAAGUCUGUGGAUGGUCGCUAAGUUAGGAGAUUAGUGCCUGGCUGCUUGACAUUUUACGUCCCCUUGCUACGUGAUCUAAGGUCGUGGUAAUUUACUAUUUCAUUUCCAACCUAAAUUGAGCUACCUGAACCAUACAAACAUGACUACAAUGGAUUAUUUGGAUUCUUUUGCUCUUGGAUUUGAAAUCACCAAGCUAAAUGUAACAACAGGUUUUCAUGGGACAAUUUCAAGGCUGGUUGAAGCAGCCGGGAAAAACUACAUCGAGCUGCUGAAUCAAGUCCUCGAUGGUGCACUUGGAGAAGUCACCGAUGAAGAAGUUCACAAUGCUAUUACACGUGCUUCCCAAUACGGCAAUGCACAAUGUGUGUUAAACUUGCUAAUGUAUGGCGCACCCGCAGACGCAACUGAUUGGGACGGUGACACGUGUCUUAUUCUUGCCACGUGUAACAAUCACAUGAACGUGAUUAAGGUUCUCCUGGAGCAUGGUUGUGACAUCAACGAGACAAAUGACUAUGGACGUAACGCACUCCAUUACGCUGCGUGGAAUGGUCACGUCCACUUGGUACAGUCUCUCAUGUCCGCUCACGUAAACACAGCAAGCCAAGAUCAGUACGGGGACACCGCCCUGAUGUUGGCAGCUCUGAACGGGCACUUCGAUGUCUUAAAAGUCCUGAUCGAGACUAAAUGUGAUGUAAAAGUGAAAAAUUACGAUGCAGACACUGCGCUUCAUUACGCUGCAAAGAAAGGGUUCUUGAACUGUUGUGAGCUUCUGGUUGACGCUGGAGCCGAAGUCGAUACAGAAAACCAAUGGGAUUACACCCCCCUGAUUUUAGCAAUCACAGAAAACCGGGAGGAUAUCGUCGAGCUUUUGUUAGAAAUGGGAGCAGACGUCAAUCAGGCGUGUACUCCAAAGAGAGGCCGUUCGUCUCUGCAUCAUGCCGUGCAAAGAGGAAAUCUUCAAAUCGUGCGUUUACUACUGCAAUAUAGCUGUGAUGUGGACAUCAGGGACUCCUCGGGGAAUACGCCACUGAUUUCUGCCGUCAUUCAAAAUCAUGUGGAAAUCGUCCGUCUUCUCCUCAAAGCAAACUGUGAUGUGAAAGUCAUCGGAAGGGGCGUUAUACAAGGUCAAUGGGUUACUUGUACGCUGCUCGACAUUGCCUUCGAGAAAGGAAACUACGUCCUAGCUCAAAUGCUUUUCCUUGCCGGUUGUGAUAAGGUGUAUCUUCAUCCUACCGUCUUGGACAGUUUACAAGAUAAAGUCCGCAAUCCUGCCCUACUGAAAACUCUGAUCAAUAGAAUAUGUUGUCCGGACAGUCUCUCUGAACAGUGUCGAUAUGUCAUUCGCGAGUCUCUUGGUAACUGUGCUAAUAAAACUGCUGCUGAUCUCCCACUGCCAAAGAGUGUUAUUAAAUAUAUUCAGCUCUGUGAUGUGGAUGAGAUCUGUGCCCAGGCGUCCUCAUAGGUUGUGACAUACAGUGGAACCUCCUUUAGCGGAUACCUCGAGGACAACCUCUCUUUAGAAGGACACUUAAUUUGGUCUCAAAUUGAUUUCCAUUCAAUUUGACAUCAUUAGGACACCUCUCUUAAGGACAGCACUUGUCAAGCCCAAGGGUGUCCUUAUUUAAGAGGUUCUAUUUCAUAUCAAAUUACCAGACCACAUUGUGCAAUAACCAACGUCUCUUUAAAAGAACACUAAAUUUGGUCUCAAAUUGAUUUCCAUUCAAUUUGACAUCAUUAGGACACCUCUCUAAAGGACAGCACUUUUCAAGCCCAAGGGUGUCCUUAUUUAAGAGAUUCUAUUUUAUUUCAAAUGACCAGACCACAUUGUGCAAUAUAAACCAGCAUAAUUUUAUCAGCACAGUGUAUACACUGCCAGUGAAAGGUAACCAAUGAGGAACCGGCGCGAUUUAUCCGCCGCGUGGCGCUGCAAUCGAUCAUACCAAAACUCUCCAUUUCCAAUGCAUUAUCAUGUUAUUUCUGAGCCCGAAAACGAUCGCUUAUUUUCGACGGAUUUCGGCGACGUUUGCAUUUUCCUGUUUUAAAUCUAUUGAGCUAUCAGUUUCUUAAGAUAAUUUUGCGGAAAAUAUGCGCGAUGCCAGUUAUUGGGCACGUUUUCUGUUGUUGAAAUCCUGUGCAAAAAUGUACGCAAUGGUUUCCCGUGAUUGACCUCAUGCAACGUCAACAGACCAGAAAAUGACGUCAUGGCGCCAGAAGGUACGAUCGAUUGUGGCGCCGCCACUGGCAUUUAUCUUAACGCCGGUUCCUCAUUGUGCAUCUUAUAUUGAAGUGGAGUAAACCUUUCAUGUCGGACUCGACUGGACCAUCUUUGUCUCAUCCUGAGAUUUAGGUUUUUGAUACUCCUACCUCACAUACAAAACAUAAAAAUAUCGAGAGGCAGAGUAUAUUGAAAACCACUGGUGCCAUGUUACCUUUGUCGCUCCGAUACAUUUAUGCACACCACCAACAGUGUUGGAACUUAGAAUUCAGGCUUUAGAAGAUCGGUCCAUUACAUGCCAAUAUCCGGUUAAUGCGAGUCGGAUAUAUGAAAGGUUUGCUGUACUUUCCUGAGUAUCGACGAUACCUGAUUAAUGUGGAUCAAGGAUGUAAUUGUUGUUGUUAUUGAUGGAGAGGAGCCAAUGUUCCCACUCAGAAACGUGAAGUGUCUUUCUAGAACCGUAACUUUGUCAGCUGGCCAAUUUCGACAUCAGUUUUACCUGGUAAGAGGUAAAUAUUAUAUCGGGAUGAUUGACUGGUGUUAGGUGUACUGACUUCAUCUUUAGGCCUAGCCCUUUGGCCUCUCACAGUGAAAAUCUGGUGAUGUCUUAAACCAAAAUAGAAAGAAAUGUAUGAUAAUGAUAUGUAAAUCAGUCCUCCUGAUACAAGUAGUUAUUGUUAGUUAGUGUCUUUAUACAUGCAUGUAAAUGUAGGCUCUGUCAGGAUUUUUCUGAAGGACUUUUAGUUAUAUUUGCCUUGGUUACAUUGUGUAUUAGCCUAAAAGCUACAUGUAAUUCUCCAGCUGCUGUGUCAAGCCAUCUUUGAUCUUUGUUAUAAUUGUCAGUCUAGUCAUGUCAUGCACUGCUGAAUCUCUUUCAGGAUAUUUGCUUAUUUUUAAAUACUCAAAUAAAUUAUUGAAUGAGAAA